AUGGCCAUUUCCAGACGCAAGAUCGCACUGAUAGGGGGCGGCAACAUCGGCGGCACCAUGGCGCACCUGUGCGCCCUGAAGAAGCUGGGAGACGUGGUCCUCUUCGACGUUAUCGACGGACUGCCGCAGGGCAAGGCCCUGGAUCUGCUCCAGUCCGCGCCCGUGGAGGGAUUUGACGCCAAUAUCGUCGGCACCACCAGCUACGAGGACAUCGUCGGCGCCGACGUCUGCAUCGUCACCGCGGGCAUCGCCCGCAAGCCGGGCAUGAGCCGGGACGACCUUCUGGGCACCAACUCGAAGAUCAUGACCUCGGUGUCGGAGGGGAUCAAGCAAUACGCCCCCAACGCCUUCAUCAUCGUCAUCACCAAUCCGCUGGACGCCAUGGUGACCCUUUGCCAGCGUGUGACCGGUUUCCCCAAGGAACAGGUGGUCGGGCAGUCGGGUAUCCUGGACUCGUCGCGCUACCGGACGUUCAUCGCCCAGGAGCUGAACCGCUCGGUGGAGAGCGUCACCGCCAUGGUGGGGGGCGUGCCGGUGGACCGUCUCAUUUCGUCGGAGCGGCUGGACGAGAUCGAGCAGCGCGUGCGCAUGGCCGGCGGCGAGAUCGUCUCGCUGCUGAAGACCGGCUCCGCCUUCUACGCGCCGGCGUCGGCCGCGGUGCGCAUGGCCGAGGCCUACCUGCAGGACAAGAAGGAAGUGCUCCCGUGCGCGGCUCUGCUCGAAGGGGAGUACGGCGUCCAUGGCUACUACUUCUGCGUGCCGGUCCUGAUCGGCGCCGGCGGGGUGGAGAAGGUCAUCGAGAUCGACCUGGCUCCCGGGGAGAAGAGCGCGUUCGACGAGUCCCUGUCCCAUGUCCAGGAUAUCGUGGGCGCCAUGGACCGGGUGUUGGCGGAAGCGUAG